UAACACGCACGCGCAUAAUUGGUGCAUCCUCCAAGAUGAUCAGUGUAUGAAAACAGAUUUGUUCAAGGUGCGUGAUUAUUUGGAGGAAUGGGAGACGAGGAUAUCAAUGGGGAUUGUGAUGAAGUACAGCAAGAGAAGUCACAGAAAAAGGCUGCCAAGUAUGACAGUGGAGCUGCUGAUCUCGAGAGGGUGACGGAUUAUGCCGAAGAAAAGGAGAUAUCAUCGUCUGACGGAUUCUCCAAUGCUCUCAGUAUAAUUGGAGAUCGUCGGAAUAAAGAAGCGGCAGAGAAAAAAGCUAAAGAGAAAGAAUUAUUAAAAGUUUCUAUUAAAAAAGAAGACGUUGAUCUCAUUAUGGGAGAGAUGGAAAUAAAUAGGAAUCUAGCAGAAAGAACUCUCAGGGAACACAGGGGGGAUGUCGUCCAGGCCCUCAUAACACUAACGAAUUGAUAAAAAUUCUUCGCUAAUUCAAAUAAAUAAAUGAACUCUCCACUUUGUAUACAACUGUCAAAGUAGAGCCAACAUUUCGGGGAAAUAAAAUAAGUUCCAGAUGUGAAUAUUUAUUAAUAAUUACGAGGUACACAUCAGA